AUGAAAAUGAAAACCAAGUCAACCCUCUUCCUAAUUUUAUCCUGCGCCCUCCUCUUCCAGGGCCUCGCAGCGGCAUGGCAAUCCCCCCUCCUUCCCUCCUGGCGUAAAGCCGACUCGGCCUCCAAAGCAAAGAUCCCGCAGUUCAUCCUCGACACCAGACACCCCUGGCUCACAGCCCACGCCGACGAACUCGCAAAUCUCGACGACCCAUACGCCGUCUUCUGCACGCCUCUGAAAGACGUCAUAGCCUUGAGCAACCACGACCCAGAAUGCGGCCACAAAUGGCAGCUCACCGGCCUCGACGUCCCCCGCGAUCUCUUCCACAGCCUCGAGAUCGACAACAAUCGCGUCGGGGUGGAUCGAUACGGCUGGCCCAACGCCCGGAACCGCUUGCUGGAGAUGAAGAACUGCCCCAGGGCAUUGGAGGAGGUGCGAGAGUUGAAAGUCGAUGUCUACGCUCAUAAAGCCGAGUCUGUUCUACCGCCUGAUGACCUUCCGGGGCUGUUUGCGGAGAUUAUGGGUGAGAUGAAGGGGUUGAAGAAGCUUGACUGGACGAUCAGGGGCUGGGACGAGAACCAAGCUUUUCGUGACGAGUUUCAAAGACAGGGUGUGGGGUUGAGAUCUGUGGAGGAGCUCAGGGCCAAUAUGUACGCCUCUUGGAUCCGGGAUUCGACGCCUCGGUUGAGGAUGUUGAAGGCCACAAGUGAUAGCUCUCUUUUUUCGGAACCUGAGGACUGGAGGGAGUUUCCACUGGUGUGGCUUGAGAGCUUGGACAGGCUAAAGGAGUUGAAGAGUCUGAAUCUGGGGGAUAUUCGAUGGGAUAAACAGGUUGAGAUGACGGAACGUAAGUUGCUCUGCAAAUACCUGGACAGUCCUUUUAAGUCUGGGUAA